AACUUACUACGAAGGAUCAGAUGGUCCACACCAGACAACAUAUUUAUAGUUUCACACUACUCAUUCUUCUUCACUGCACUACCAACUCGAUCCCAUGGAUGGGAAUUACCAGAAUACGGGCUCACCUUUUGGCAGCCCCCAUCAUCAGCCUGUAUUUGAGCCCUCUGAGUUUCUCGAGUUGAGCGACUGGGCCGAGGAGGAGCCGGCGGCGAUGCACGUCUCCGGCGGUCAUUAUUAUCCGCUUCUUAAUCCGCCGCACCACCAGGUUCCUCCGCCUCCGGAGGGAGUUCACGGCGGCUACCUGCAGGGAGGACCUAGAAACAAUGGUGGGAGCUACGGCGGCGGCAGAGAAAAGUUCGCGUUUAAAACAAAGUCUGAGGUUGAAAUACUUGAUGAUGGGUACAAAUGGAGGAAAUACGGCAAGAAGAUGGUGAAGAACAGCCCAAAUCCGAGGAAUUACUAUAGGUGCUCUGUGGAUGGUUGCCAAGUGAAGAAAAGAGUUGAACGAGACAAAGAUGACCCAAGCUAUGUAAUAACAACCUACGAGGGCAUCCACAACCAUCAGGGUCCCCUGUCCUGAUCACCACAAUGGAAAAAAAGGUGCUCCAAUGGUUAGUUACUAAAAACCACCAUUUGGUCAUCCCCUACCAACCACUUUUGGUUGCAUCUGUACGAGGUUCUAGAGGUCCCAAACUGUUUUUCCAGAGGUUAGACCACAGACAAUUCCUUAGUCUUAGAUCAUGGGUAGUAAACUAGUAAUAAUCUGUAAGGUCAACCGGACAUCAUAUAUAGCAUAUAGCAUAUAGCAAAUAGCAAGAGCCUUUUAGUCAUGUAUUUAACUUUUCACGUUGGAAAAAAAGAACCCAUUGCCAAAAACUUAUCUUGCUUGUGUUGGAAAUUUGAUUACUUCUGGAAUCAGCCAAGCAAGCAACCUAGCAAAUUUCUUUUUCCUGUCCCAAAAGAAACAAACGUGAGGAAGAA